UCUAAUGUCGAUGCUAUUGAUUGGCGAUUGCAUCCACGGGAGAGCCAACAAACUCACUGACACCUCUGAGUGCUCAUCCCCAGGGGCGGACUGACAACUCUUGGGUCCCCCAGGCAAUAGGGGAUCAUGGGGCCCCUGUGUCCUUGCCCAAACUCAAAAAAGCCUAUUAAAAAGGUACCAGGGGCAUCUCAUGGGGCCCCCUACUGCCCCUGGGCCCUUGGGUAGUGCUCGAGUUUCCAAAUGGUC